UCUCGGUGCGCCUGAGGUCGCUGUUCUGAGCGUCACGGCUCCUUUCUUUCUUUCGAUUUUACCGAGAAAAUGGAGAAACACUACACGGACUCAAAAGUCAAAGGAGUCAGCACAGGGACCACCAUCUUGGCUGCCAUAUUUGAUGGAGGGGUCGUGAUUGGAUCUGACUCCAGAGCUUCUAUGGGAGGGGAAUAUGUUUCUUCUAAGACCAUCAACAAGGUGAUUCAGGUUCAUGACCGGAUCUUCUGCUGCAUGGCUGGUUCACUGGCAGACGCUCAAGCCGUCAUCAAAUCAGCAAAGUCUCACCUGUCCUUCCACAGUGUGCAGAUGGAGAGUCCUCCUCUGGUGAUUGCAGCAGCGUCCGUCCUGAAAGAAUUAUGUUAUAAAAACAAAGAUGAGCUGCAGGCUGGUUUCCUUACAGCAGGAUGGGACAGCAAGAAAGGAGCACAGGUUUAUGUUGUGUCUCUGGGUGGGAUGUUAAUCAGUCAGCAGGUUACCAUCGGCGGCUCAGGAAGCACCUACAUCUACGGAUACGUUGACGCUAAAUACAAACCCAACAUGACCAGAGAGGAAUGUCUACAGUUUGCCACCAAUGCUCUUGCUCUGGCGAUGGGCAGGGACAACGUCAGCGGAGGUGUUGCUCACCUGGUGGUGAUCACAGGAAAAGGGGUGGAGCAUGUGGUUGUACCUGGAGACAAGCUGCCAAGAUUCCAUGAUGAAUGAAUGAUUUUUUUUUACUUUUUUGUGUGAAUGCCACUUUAAAACUUGUUAGAAAAUGGUCAGUUUCAAGACCACAGUUUCCUUUUUCCUAAAGGAAACUGUAUAUUUUAUUGCUUUUUGCACUAGAAAGCAAUAUAAAAAACUCUUCACUCAACUUCAGAUUCUACAGAUUAAAAUUAGUUUGUUGCCUUAUUGAACUUUAGAUAAUCUUACAUGAGGAAUUAAAUGAAUCAGUUGAGUCUGUCAUUAUGAACUGUUCAGUGGAUGAACUGCCCCCCCCCCCCCCCCCCCAAAAAAAAACCCAAAUAAAUGUUCAUUUUCUAACA